AAUAAAACAAGAGUGUGUUACUUUUAUUUUGUUUUGCUAUCAACAUUCGCAUCUAUCACCGUACGUUUGUUCAGGAUGGACGUCCACGCCUGGUUGCCGGUGAUAUUUUGCAGUCUUUCCAUUCCAUUAUCGUUAUUUAUGUGGCUGGGUAAUUUGGCUUUUUCGAAAUUUUGGCAUUCAAAUGAGUUUGAAGAACCGCCCGUCAUACCGCCGACACGUUGGCUCUUCUCAACAUUAGCGCCUCUUACGCUUAUGACGAUUGCGUUACGCCGAAAAUCCGUUAAUAAAUCAGGUGCUGCAUUGGGUAUAAUAUUUUCCUUUAUUUUAUCCAUCGCCAAUCAUGCAUUCUUCGCCAGCUUGGCGGCAUUUUUCUUCACUUCGUCACGUGCAACAAAAUUUCGUGCGCAUUUGAAACGAAAAUUCGAAAAAGACUUCAAAGAAGGUGAAGGCCAACGCAACUGGGUGCAGGUGUUGUGUAAUGGUGGCAUGGCUACACAGUUAGCGCUAUUAUAUCUCAUAGAUUGCGGCAGUUGUGAGCGUCCUAUUGAUUUUUCCAAUGAGUAUCGCUCCAGCUGGUUAGGCAUUGCAGUUAUGAGCGCUUUCGCUUGUUGUAAUGGCGAUACAUGGGCUAGUGAGCUCGGCAGCGUGCUUUCAAAAAAAGAUCCAUUCCUCAUCACAACGCGUCGCCGUGUGCCACGCGGCACUAACGGUGGUGUUUCUAUACCAGGACUAGUGGCUAGUCUUGCCGGUGGCCUUUUUGUUGGAGUCGUCUACUAUAUAACGGUGCGUUAUACCGUCGAAUCGCACGCGCUACAAACGAGCCCUUCACAGUGGCCGCUUAUAAUAUUUGGCGGCGUUGCUGGACUUCUUGGUUCUUUGUUGGAUUCAUUGCUUGGUGCUACAAUGCAGUACUCGGGUGUCGAUAAGGAAGGCAAAAUUGUAGAAUGUCCUGGAAUAGGUGUGCGACAUAUCAGCGGUUUACGCAUAUUAGACAACCACAGUGUCAAUUUGAUUUCCAGCAUUGUGACCGGUGUGACUAUGCCUUUAAUAGCGUUAAAAUUUUGGCCUUUAUAUUAAGUAAGAAUCGACAUGAUGAUUUUUGAUACUUCUGCUGUUUUAACAACUGCUGACUUUUGCCAAAACAUAAAAAUUGUACAAUUAGCUGUGUAUACGGUACUUUUGUAAAGGCUACUGUUAAACUCUAAUGUAAGCCAGAACGAAUUUUGUAAACAUACACACUCAUGCUCAGCAGCUUCAUAUAUGUA